AUGUCGCAACCUGGAAUUGAAGGGCUUGCGGUGGCUCUCAACAAAGGCCAUAAGGUGACAAAGAUCGACUGUAAUUCACGUCAAAAUCGUCACAUUGGGGCAGAACUCGAAGAUUUUCCGCGAGCUCGUUCGUGGGAUCACUGGCUUUGCUCCUUACGAAAGACGGGUUCUCGAGUUGCUACGUAUUUCUAAGCAUAAGGGAGCGUUAAAAUUUUUCAAACAACUGUCCGGGAAACAUCUCCAAAUGAAAGACAGGCAAGUAGCGCCUUGCCUUACUUGUUUUUAA